CAGCCCGUCUCCUCCUAGUGACCCUCCUCCGGCCCUGUGUUUUCCGCAACAGGUCCAGCGCAGCAGUUAAGCUGUGGCACCACAAGCAGAGGAAUAUGGCUCUGUGGCAUCCACUCCGGACUCAACACCUCCAUGCACCGAUGGCGGAAACGAGGAGUCCGAGAUGUACGAGCUGCAAACAGCCAGGGAGUGGUCUGACGAUGAGGUGGGGGGAGAUCCAGAUGAUGACGAGGGACUGGCUUCAUCCCCGUCCAUCUGGGGCACGCCACGCCAGCACUCCUUUGAGCUGACUUUCUCUUACAUUGCCAUUGCUGAGGCCGAAGCAGUGGGAGCCUCGCGACACCUUCGUGACCGACGCAGGGGCGGCUCUCGGGGAAGUCGCACCCCUCUGAUCCGCACGGACACCCUGGAAACACUGUUGGACUCCCCCGAUGUAGAUUGGGACCCUCAAGCCUUCCUCAAUCAAGAGGAAGAAGAGGAAGAAAGCAGGAUGCAAGUGAGGCUGGAGUCAAGUGCGGCACCAAGGAGCGAGGAGCAGAGACAAACUAUUACAAUCCAGCCCUCUCCCCAAAAUCUGGACACAGAAACUCAGGGGAGAGACACAGGAAUCCAAAGAGAGGAGCCUUCAAGAAGUCUCACCCAGUCUGACCAAGAUCCCUCCCAGUCUUCCCAGCAUCAAAGCCCCUCAGAGAUAAUUCAGGCAGCAGCCUCACCGACCCCCGAGCCAGAGUCUCCCGUCACCAGAGAAACCAUUUCAGUCAAGCUCCUCACAUCUGUGCGACCCAGAAGCCCGGCGUCCUCGUUGUCAGCUGCCAUUGGUCUAAACUCUCAGGAACAGCUGGUCAGCGAUCACUGGUUUUCAGCACUUAACCUAUCAGAAGACCCGACAGUAUGCACUCAUAUAGCAGUGAUGGAUCUGAUCUACUGGAAGGACACGGAGCGAACAGGCAUGAUCCUAACAGGGUUAGUGGUCGGCCUGCUGUCCCUGUUCCAGCUCAGCAUCAUCACCGUGAUCUCCACAGUCUCCCUGGCUGUCAUGUGCUUUACCAUCUCUGUGCGCAUCUACUACCAAGUUCUCUACAUCCUCAGCUGGGGCGAUGGAGAACACCCCUUCAAGUCAUACUUGGACCUGGACAUCAGUUUCAGUGGCGAAGAGGCUGACCUUUAUAUGCAGAAAGCCAUCGUCAUGACUCUGUCUGCUGUCAACUCGCUGAAGGGACUCUUCUUUGUUGGUAACCUCCUGGAGUCCAUCAAGUUCCUGGCUCUGAUGUACCUUGUGACAUACCUGGGAGACCUGUGCAAUGGCCUUACUCUGCUCAUCAUCAGUGUGAUCGCUCUCUUUUCUCUGCCACUUUUCUACAGACAGCGCCAGGAGCAGGUGGAUAUGUUCAUUGCAAAAAUCCAGGCCAACAUUGACAACGUCAAGGACACCUUUCAAAGACUUGCCCAUGGUGGUGGCCCUCCUCCUGACCCAACUCCUGGUGGUGCAAAACCCAAAACCCAGUAAAGACUGAUGGCAAGAACUUGAAGAAAAGCUCCCAGAGUUGCCGGCUGUCACUCAGAUGUCUUACCCAGCAGUCUGUGCUCCGAGCUCCAGAGAACAGAGCUCCAGAGACUUGGAAAGGGAAGGGAGGUUACUUAAACGGACAAUGAUGAGGCUCACGCAUGGUACUUUAUACUCUAUAUACUGUUUCUAAGUCAUGGGGGUUGGAGGUUGGGGUUGGGUUUAAACUUAAGGUGAAAUCAAGGUGUAUGAAUCCUGGAUGAGACUCUCGCUGCUGACGUCGGAGAUGGAAAGAUUCAACGACACAGCUUGUUGAACUUGACCAUCCAUGGAAGUAUUCCCUGUUUUUAAUAUGUACCAAUGACUCAAGAAGUGUCUUAGAUGGGUUAGAUAUGUAGUCCAAAUUAAGGCACUAAGACCAGGAAUGGGACGUUCCCACACUGACAGCUACUCACCUGAGGAAAAAGUGAGCUGUUAAGGUGAAAACCAGGGGUCAUCAUUACUCAUGGCAGCAUUAAACUGGCAAUUAAAGAUGCAUGUGUCAGCACAUGUACCUUUUCUGAAUGCAUAUUCAUCCUCAUGACUGUGUCUGUGUAUGUAAGUGUGAGUGAGUGUGCGCAUGUGUGUGUGUGUGUGUUAUUCCUGACAUACAGCUUGCUGAAAUGAAAAUGUUACCUAAAAGCAAUUAAAGUCACAUUUCUUCUUUAUUUUCCAAAA